UGUCACUUUUUCACAUUUCCCACCAUUUCGUCCCCAUACGUCCUGACGUCGCAGGGAACCCGCAGGGAACCCAGAAGACGGAUGCCGGCAUCGGCCGGAUUACAUUGCCGGGGAAACUGCAGGGGGGACAUCGCGGGAGCGAAGGACAAGGUAAGUGAAGAAGAGAUGCCUGAGCAGUGCCGCAGGGUAAGCCCGAGUGUAGCUCGGGGUUACCGCUUUUGGUACUGAAAUGUUACCCCGAGCUACACUCGGGAAUACCGCCAAGGAGGUUAAAG